AGCAUACUCGUUUAUCCACAAGCCCUCUUGCAUUGUCUUCACGUCUAGCUACUCCUGCUGUCCACAUCACCCACACCCACUCUUCCUCUUUGAAUCGGAUAGCCUUCGAGAUGUUCAGACCAACCCGACUGGUCCAAGCGAUCAAGAGCGUCCUCUGGUCGAGCAAGCUCAAUAAUCCUUACGGCUCCGAUUUGGCGGCAAAACAGGCGGUAGAGCAACAAGUGUUGCAGCACGUCAACAAGAAUCGCAAAGAUAUCGAGGAGCGUGGGGCGAGCGUUCUAGUAAUUAGGUAAGCUGUUCGCCCUUUGUUUCCCAGCUGGAGUCUCUUAGGGCAUGCAGGAGUCCCGCCCACCCUGGAGGAACGAAUCGUUACGACCAUCCAUGUUCCUACUGCGUGAACGGGUUCGGCCGUUAAGAAAGGACAGAGUACGUUCAGUUGUUCGUAAGAUCGUUUUCACAUCGCAGCCUUGGACACAUUCUGAACUCUGACUAUCAGAAAACGACGAGAGAGCGAGCCAAUUCUGAUACAUGGCAGGGUAUACCUGCACAUUCUAGCUCCCUAGUUGAGACGUGUUGCUCAAAUCUUGUGUUCGUCCUCGACUUUGAUCGAUUCUCGAUCUUGCAUCGGAUGCCAGCGCUAUC